UCUCCUACACCCAUCUGCUCACCCGCGCUGUCACACUCAGCCUCUCAGGCCCACCUUGAACAUUCACCAUCACGCACACCCUGGCACACCCCUUUCACCCCCAGCUUCUGCCACCUCUCCCUGGGCAAUAUUGCCAGCUAUUCCCUACCCCAACUCACCCAUGUCCCUGGGGUCAUUGAAAUUCCAGGCAGUGGGCGAAGUGGACGAGAAAGAGGAGAGCCUGGACUCUGUGAAGGCACUAACGGCGAAGCUGCAGCUGCAGACACGGAGGCCCUCCUACCUGGAGUGGACGGCCCGGGUCCAGAGCCAGGCCUGGCACAGGGCCCAAGCCGGGCCUGGGCCGGGGGGAUCUGGGGCCAUCUGCGGCUUUGACUCAAUGGACUCCGCUCUUGAGUGGCUCCGUCGGGAGCUGAGGGAGAUGCAGGCUCAGGACCGGCAGCUGGCGGGGCAGCUACUGCGGCUGCGGGCUCAGCUGCACCGGCUGAAGGUGGACCAGGCCUGUCACCUGCACCAGGAGCUGCUGGACGAGGCCGAGCUGGAGCUGGAGCUGGAGCCAGGGGCCUGCCUUGCCCUGGCCCCCCUGCUGCGGCACCUCGGCCUCACGCGCAUGAACAUCAGCGCCCGUCGCUUCACCCUCUGCUGAGGGCCGAGCGCUAGGAAGGGAGAAGGGAGGGGGUGCCCCAGAGGCCCCAGCACCUGGCAGAGGGUGGGGGUGAGGAAGGGGCACCCCCUACCCCGCCCCCCGCCCCAGCUGGGGAUGGGGAGAAGGGAUGAUGCUCACAGAUGCACACACACACCCCACCAGGCUCCUCAAUAAACAC